AUGGCUCGGGAACUAGCGCGCUACAAGGUUGACAUCGCCGCACUCAGCGGGACCCGAUUCUCCGAACAAGGCCAACUGGAGGAGGUGGGUGCCGGUUACACCUUGUUUUGGAGUGGUCGGCCCAGGGCAGAGCGACGAGACGCUCGAGAGACAUCGUGAGACGACUGCCAUGUUUGCCGCAGGGCAUCAACGAUCGCCUCUCCGGGGUGGUGGCAAAUUCGCCACCAUCAUCAACGCCUACGCUCCGACGAUGAGCAGCCCCGACGCCGCCGCCACAAGAGACAAAUUAUAUGAGGACCUGCACGCCCUCUUGCGAACGUGUCGAAGGCGGACAAGUUGAUUGUCCUUGGUGACUUCAACGCCGCCUCGGCACAGACCAUACUGCCUGGGGAGGAGCGCUGGGUCCCCAUGUUUCCGCGGCUCAAACGACAAUGGAGUGCUGCUACUCUGCACCUGCGCAGAACACCGGCUCAUCCUGACGAACACGUUCUUCUGUCUGCCAGAUCGACAGAAGGCUACCUGGAGGCAUCCUCGGUCGCGUCAGUGGCACCUGCUGGACUAUAUCCUCGUUCGGAGGCGAGAUCAGUGAGACGUGUUGGUGAUAAAGGCGAUCGAGGGAGCUGACGGGUGGACCGAAAAUCGCCUAGUCAUCUCGAAGAUGCGUAUUCGCCUACAGCCUCGCAGGAGACCACAAGGUAAGCGACUCCCAGGUAAGCUGAAUAUUGCGUUGUUGUCUUUGCCCGCUCACCAUCUGCAUUUCAGCAAUGAGCUAGCUCAACGGUUAGACAACCUUCCAACCGCGGCUGCCGACGUCCCCGCUGCCGAGAACGCCUCCGUUGGAAACGUUGCUGUCAACUGCGAGACACGGUCCAGUCGACGGCGCUCGCCGUCCUCGGUCGCGCCGGCCGACAACACCAGGACUGGUUCGACGACAACGACGCCGUCAUCAGUAAUCUGCUCGCCGAGAAGAACCGCCUACACAAAGCCUACGUAGACCACCCUACUGAUGCCAACAAAGCUGCCUUCUACCGCAGUCGCCGCCAGCUUCAGCAACGACUGCACGAGAUGCGGUAUGCCUGGACAGCUCGUAAAUCUGAGGAGAUCCAAGGCUACGCGGACCGCAACGAAUGGAAGAACUUCUUCUCCGUGAUCAAAGCUGUCUACGGACCGCCGACGAAGGGCACUGCUCCUCUUCUCAGCGCCGGCGGAGGCACCCUCCUGACUGAGAAGACACAAAAUCUACAGCGAUGGGCCGAGCAUUUUCGAGGCGUGCUCAAUUGCCCCUCCGCCAUCUCUGACGUCGCCAUCGACCGCCUGCCGAAAGUCGAGACCAACCUGGACCUCGACCUCCCGCCAUCUCGCCCGGAGACAAUCAGGGCCGUGCAGCAGCCCUCCAGCGGGAAAGCACCCGGAUCGGACGCGAUCCCUGCUGAGGUCUACUAG